CCUCAAGAACCCUUCACAAAUCACAAAGAUCAACAUGAGUGGAAAGCUCUUCUUUUUGCCAUCAGCUAGAGUCUUGGAUACAUUCCUGUGGUACACAACCCCCAGAACGACGAAAGCAACCAUAAUUCUGAACCAAUAGAGAUGGUAUAAAGGAACGUAAACGAAAGUCAAAGCAAAGUCAAGAGCACAAACCAUGGGCCUCCAACAUUCCACUCCCGUUCCCACGGAUCAAGAUUUUUCGGUGCGCCACCACCCGUUGAAGAAGCCUCUCUACACGACGCGACAGUUGCCACCUUUGGAAUACAGCUUUUCCGUUCCCAAGAAAGCGUGGAGUCAGGGUGUCUCCUUGGACAUUGUGGGGUUAACUGUCGUCCCUGUCAAGGGAAACAACAAGCAGUGCAUCAUCAAGGAUACGCAAACUGGUACCGUUCUGGCGGUGCUGCAGGUACAACGGUAUCAACACAUUCAAAUUUGCACACUGGCAAAUGAGAGUGCUUCCGGCAGACGAGUAGUGGGAGAGUACGACGGAAAGUUGCUCUUGGAAUAUGCCACGGUCACGGAAAACCAGCACAUUGCCAGGCAUUUCCUGUCUGUGGAGGGUGGUCCUUGCUACAAAAUGGCAAAAUGUGGAUCCAAGUUCUUUGGGCCCGAAGAUGCCGUCAUUCACUAUGCCCAAGAUACUAGCGGUAGCCCUAAAAAGAAGAUGGUGUGUGCUGCCUAUCUCACCGAAGAACCCCGCAAAAUGUGGGGUUGUCGAGUAGCACCUGGGAUCGAUCCAGUGAUCGUCCUGGCGUUUGUGUUGUGUUCGGACAAGUUGCAGGUCAUGUUCAACGAACUGUUGGUUCAAAAGUCUGGCAUCAUGUCCUACAAGGUAAAAAAUGUCCUUGGUCCUUGAAGCAAGCACCUGAUUUUAUGAUACUACAUGUACCGGAAGUGAUGUAAGAAGUAGUAGUACCAAAUACAUAAUUCACGUAACCUCCAUUCAUUGAUU